CCGAUGCGCCCGUGAAGAACGCGGCCUCGCAGAUCCAGGAGGAGCUCAUAGGUCGCGUGCAGGGGCUCUGCAAUACCAACAAGGCGAAGUUCCAACCUGGCCACGACGCGACGAGCGGCGCGAGUGGCGCCCCUGCGGAGCUCACGCCGAUGCAGAAGAAGUACUUGACGGGCGACCUCCAGGCCAAGAAGUGCUACGAGGAGGAGAACUGCAAAUUCAGCAUGAAGUCGGCACUGGGGCAGCGGCUGCAGCGGGAGCUCGCGACCAACAAGAAGCUCAAGGCGGAGUACAACGAGACCAAUGACGUGGUGGCAUGGAAGGCGAAGUGGGUCAAGACGCAGUACGAUGGCGCCGUCAAGCGGCUCAGGACGACAACGACCCAGAGUGAUGACCCAUGGAUUCGCAAGGGCAAGGUCGUCUCGUUCAUGAGGAUGUGCUACGAGGAGGGGGGGCCUCGCGGCCAGUACGACGAGGAGGCGACUAAGAACUGCCAGUUGACGGCCGAGAGGUGCAUCGCGAUGGGGUACCCGUUCGUCCGCAUCGACGACCAGAACGACUCCGUCAAGUUCAUGUGGUUCGAGGCGCAGUACGUGGAGAAGUUCACCAGGCGCUGGGCGGAGACUGCGACGCAGAAGGAGAUCGACGAGCCUGGCGACGCGGGCGCUGGCGGCGACGAGGACAGCAAUGCUGACGAGGGCCCGCCGCCAGAGGACCUUGCACCAGUGGCGCCGCCUGUGAAGAAGGAGAAGGCAGUGGCAGUGGUUCGGCCCACGGAGGCCCGCAAGACGAUCAUCGCCGCACAGAGCACGACUGCAAGCGCCAAGUCGAUGAUCGAGACCAUCAAGGAACACGAGUCUGACGACGAGGCUGAAUACGCGUGGGCGAGAACGCCAGCGACCCUGGGGAAGAUCACCGCCGAGGAGGAAAAGCUGGACGACCUGGUGAAGCAAAACAAGAUCUUCAAGGGGCUGUACCUCGGCGUGGAGUUCUCCAAGGUCAGGAAGAACCACGCAGAGACUGAGAUCGAGGUGGCGUGCGAGCCUAGCAAGGUGAAGGAGGUGAAGGACAUGUGCGACAAGCUGGACAACCUCUUGGCGGCCACGAUCCAGUCCAACGAGAUCCACAAGCACCAGGCGACCGGAGGCAAGGCGCCAACCCCUGCCAAAGCCAAGAGGAGUGGCGAGAAGGGGGGCAAGAAGCCUCCCAAGAAAAAGCCCAAACAGUAA